AUGAAUCGACCUGGGCACCUUUUGGAAGAUAAGGCUCUAGCCGAAUUUCUUGGUGUCGAGGACGUGGACUUUGACAGUGGUAGUGAUACCGAAGUCGAGGAGGAGGAGCAAUCCAAACCCAGCACACCUGUGCGUGGGGACAUUCCCCAUCCGGCACCAAAUCCGUUCCCCGAACGUAGUGCCGCGACUGCGCUAACAGCGCUGGGAGCAAUGUCCCCCAUGGAUACAUCCAUCAUCACUAACCCGCUUGACGAGGAGCAACAACGCAUGCUCGAUCAAGCGGCAAGCACACAGCGCAAGUCAGAAGUUCAGACAACGUUGCAACGACACAGUGAAUAUACGUUCACUCCACCUGACGUCGAAGAACUCAUUCGUCAAGCGUCACGCCAUAAUUUGGCAACAUGGGCCACCGGCCCCGAGGCAAAAACUCCAACUGAAAUCGAAUGCCGCAAGGCUCUUCGAGAGAGGUACUUGGAACCUACUGUGAGGAAUUCGAGUCAAUUCAGAAAACGGCUGCAAAAGCAGGCCCAAGGAGCACCGGUUCCACAAAUUAGGGGUAUACCCAUCAUUAUUUCCGAAGAUGGGGACGAAACUGCGGAGGACAAUAUGUUCAUCCGCUGGGUGCAUGGCGUUCGACGCCUCAGUUGCAGCGCUACGCGAAAGUGCCAGUGUGGCAGACCCGCGAAUUCACGUCAACCUUUUGACACGAACUCACCCGCUCUCACUACGACGAGUGAGAAGCGUGGCGCUCGUCAAGACGAGCUCGGCCCUGGCGCUCAGAAACGUCAACUGCGUAUGGGCGGUCUUGCCGAAGGGGAAUCUCAUACUCCCAUGAGUUUUCAGACUCAAGGUACCCACGCCACUUCACCAGAUAUUGGUAGUGACCAUGACGAAGACGUCGUUAAAGUACCCGCUACACAUGGAACUUUAAGUUCCCUUGCUUAUCAAGCAAUGCCGGUGGCGGUCGGAGUAUCGGCUGAAAGCCAUGGUGAGCUGGUGAAGAAAGUGGAGGAUCUCCGUGGGAUUUUGGGUCAGACUCAGAACGCCGUGGGCGAAGUUCGAUCUCGUCUGGCGACGUUGGAAGGCGAUCACGCCCGUCUUCAGAUGAUGGAGUCACGUCAGACUCGUGGCGAGGCUCAACUUGACAUCUCAAUUCGAAUGCAACAUCCUGUGGCAACGCCAAUGUACGCGGCGCAAGCGCCUUCAAGUCAACAUGGGACGGGUCCCGGUAUGGCUUAA